CAAUCGGUCACUGAGAAUAAUUAUCCAAUCAGCAAGCAGGAGGGGCGGGAGGCGUGUGAAAACAGGUGUGAAAUAAAACUUAUCGUCAAACAGUGAAAAUCCGGAUUCCGCGCGGUUCCGUCUCUCCGUUCCGCGGGAAAAGCUCGAGGUGAUCUGAGCAGCGAUGGCUCGUACCAAACAGACCGCCCGUAAAUCCACCGGAGGAAAAGCCCCCCGGAAACAGCUCGCCACUAAAGCUGCCCGCAAGAGUGCGCCCUCUACUGGAGGGGUGAAGAAGCCCCAUCGCUACAGGCCUGGUACCGUGGCUCUGCGUGAGAUCCGUCGGUACCAGAAGUCGACGGAGUUGCUGAUCCGGAAGCUUCCGUUUCAGCGCCUCGUCCGAGAAAUCGCCCAGGACUUCAAAACCGACCUGCGGUUCCAGAGCGCCGCCAUCGGUGCCCUGCAGGAGGCCAGCGAGGCGUACCUGGUGGGUCUGUUUGAGGACACUAACCUGUGUGCCAUCCAUGCCAAGCGCGUCACCAUCAUGCCCAAAGACAUCCAGCUGGCGCGCCGAAUCCGCGGAGAACGCGCCUAAAGCGCCCCGCCCCUCCCGCUGACCCCGCCCACUGCCCCGCCCCCCACCUCUACACCUGUCUCUCCUCCUCUCAGUGUGGAUCAUCAUGACGAGUGUUUCUGUGUGUUUGUGUUCUUUUACUUUCAGACUCGUAGUGAUCAGACGUGUGCAGAACUUAGAUCAGAUUACGCACUGUAACGCCUGGCUUUAGAACCGGAGGGGUUUAGAACCGCAGGGUUUAGAACCGCAGGGUUUAGAACCGUUGGGUUAGUGUAGACCGGGAGACGUUUUCUCAGCAGCUAUAACUCAGAAGGGAAUCUGAUUUAGAGUUCAGAGCAAAUUUAUUUGAGACUAAUUUGCGUUUAAACUGAAUUAAAACCCAGUCUGGAGCCCCUCAGCCCCGCCCACACACUGAUGAGACGAAUUAGAUUGGAUCUGAGGAAUAUCGACCGAUUAUCUGAGCCGGGUUCGGUAUCGAACACUGCGGCUCUGAUAUUUAAACACAGUGAUGAAUCAAUAAUGAAGCAAUCUGCAAUAUUAUUUUAAUCUGGAUUAUUCAGUGUAAACGCACAUGAGCUGUGUAAAGCUGUGAGCUGUGAUUGGUCAGAAUGCUCACAUUGAACACACUACUAUAUUUAGUCCUAAAUGUACUUGUUAAUUCAGAUUAUCUAAAGAAAAAAAAGGUGUGUUCUGAUUGGUAAAUGUAGUAAAUAAACGCAGGUUAAUUAGUAAUAAUAUUUAAAUUGGGAGGGGCUCCGGCGGUUUCAGGACCAGCCCGGGUCGGGGGUCUCGCUCGUCACUGGAUCGAUGUAAAUUUCCUGAAGCACACACUUCCUCUGUAAACCUGUCGGUGUCUUUGUUUUGAGUGCUUUUAUAUUAUUAUUGUUUUUUAUCUUUAAUAGUGUGAUCGUACAUGAUUUGUAUUGGCGUUUGAAGUGUAUCAGAUUAGACUGUUCCCUCGUCUUUAAAGUCAGGAAGACUUUUUCUUUUCCACUUAUCGACGAUUAACAGCUAUAAACAAGCGUUUCCACCAGUUUCCUCUCAUUUUUAUCCCAUUUUCAGCAUCCUGGUGUCAUUUGUAGGUGACUGCUCAGGUUUUUCUACAUUUUUUUUAACAGAAGUAUAAAAGCAUAUCUUUGUGUUUUCAGAAUUUACGAAAUGGAAAAAUAAACGUGUUUUUCCUGA